UCCGCGUUACCGGGGUGUUACGUCACCCAACGUCAUGUAAACAGUAUCAGCUGGGCGGCUCGCUAGCACUGCAGCUAGCGGUCGCUACUUACUUGUUUGAUCGGAACCACGGGUAGGCUACAUUGAAAAUGUUGUACUGUCCAUCAUACAGUUUCCUCUUGUUUUAACUUUGUUAGACCGCUGGAAUAAACUAAAAUAAGGAAUAAAAGUCCGGAAAAAAACUGACACACUGACAUAGUAUGGUAGCAGCUAAGCACCAGUUGUGGAGCUAGCUAGCACUAGCUAGUUACUGUCUGCUAACCUAGCUUAGUUAUCUACAUUUGCUUCCUGACAAUCGUUAGAGUUCCUAGAGACUCCGUUGUCUUGCAUAACUGAGGGAUCUUAGUAUGGCAUGCAGACAGUGAGUGAUUCGGACGGGUUUAUUUGGUUUGCAAAAAUGAUUCCACUACUGUAGCUAGCUAACGAUUCUCUGAGACGUGAUAUCAUCUCGUAGUCUACCACUGUCACUGUCUGUGUUCUUGCGAUAAGUUCGUGGUCAAAGCUACAGCAACGAGAAUAGAUUUCGGUCGUGUCUUGAGCUUAGGCCGGAUACAGCGCAAGGAAGAUUUUUCUUUUUCCAAUUCCGACAUUCAAGACCUCCAAAUGUUAACAGAAAACAGAAAACGUCGCAGGGGUUGUGACACUGAGGGGGAACAGCAGCUUAACCCCCAAGCUAAGAGGUCUGGAGGGGGUCAGGAGGGUCAUGGUCUUGUGUCUGACGUUGGACGAGAUGUCUGGGACUCUGAGUCAUCCAGCAGCGACAGUAGUGGUGGUGUUAGUAGUCCAGAAAGGGCAGCUGGCACCAGCACCAGUCUAUGCCCACAUGGCCAGAAUAACUACAAUUCCCAGAGUUCCCUCAGUCCCAUGCCAGACGACUCCUCCAGCUCCUUGAUGGGUUUCCCUGCCGACGGCUCAUCCUAUAACUACAUCAACAAACUUCUGAGGGAGGCGCAUUUCAGCAGCCUGCAGACCAGAGGUCGACCCGGCUCCACGUGACCAUGAACUAACCUGUUGACAUCUUACUCCCCCACCCCCCAACACCACUGGCAUGUGCCAGUAAGGAUGGAGAGAUACACACAAGACAAAAUGGAGGCGGGGAGGGAGGAACAUCUCGGGCAUGGCUCACCCCACCUCACCCUGUAAUGUGCCAAGACCAUAAGCACACCUGCCUUCCAUGGCCAGACCACUGUGGUUAUAUGUGCAGUAUAAGUGUGCGUGUGUGCUUAUUUUGGAAUGUGUGUAUGCCUGCGUGUGUGUGUGCCCCGGCGCUCCAGCAUCAGGUUUUGUGUUGUUGUUCCUCAUACGAGGGAACACUUGUAUGACAUUUUCCAUUGGUGCUAUUGAAAGGAAGGUGAAUGAUCCAGAGUGCUUGUUGUACCUAAUAAAGCCCAGCACAUUC